AUGUCCUUCGAGGGCGCCAGGCUCAGCAUGAGGAACAGAAGGAACGGCACCCUGGGCAGCACCCGCACCCUCUACUCCAGCGUGUCUCGGAGCACUGACCUGUCCUACAGCGAAAGCCUAAUCAUGGAAAACACGUGCAAGUGUGGCUACGCCCAGAGCCAGCACAUCGAGGGCACUCAGACCAACCAAAACGAGAAAUGGANAUUUUAUUCAACAUCGUGGCUGGGUGACAACAACCAUGGGGAGCAGCUCGCAGCAGCUCUGCCUGGGUAUUUUUCUGCACAGUACAUCAUGGAUGACUUCAAGAGAGACCCUCUGUACACUCUGGACAACAAUCACACCCACUUGCUGCUGGUGGACAAUGGCUGCCAUGGACAUCCUGCGGUGGAGGCAAAGCUCCGGAACCAGCUAGAGAAGUUCAUCUCUGAGCGAACUAUUCAAGAUUCCAACUAUGGUGGCAAAAUCCCCAUUGUGUGUUUUGCCCAAGGCGGCGGAAAAGAGACUUUGAAAGCCAUCAACACCUCCAUCAAGAAUAAAAUCCCCUGUGUAGUGGUGGAAGGCUCAGGCCAGAUAGCCGACGUGAUCGCGAGCCUGCUGGAGGCGGAGAACUCCCUCACAUCUUCCAUCUUCAAGGAGAAGCUGGUGCGCUUCCUGCCACGCACGGUGUCCCGGCUGCCCGAGGACGAAACUGAGAAUUGGAUCAAAUGGCUCAAAGAAAUUCUGGAAAGUUCUCACCUAUUAACCGUGAUUAAAAUGGAAGAAGCUGGGGACGAAAUUGUGAGCAAUGCUAUUUCUUAUGCUUUGUACAAAGUCUCCUUUGAGAAGUCCGCUGACCUUCAAGAAGUCAUGUUCAUGGCUCUCGUCAAGGACAGACCCAAGUUCGUCCGCCUCUUUCUGGAGAAUGGCUUGAACCUGCGGAAGUUUCUCACCAACGAUGUCCUCACGGAGCUUUUCUCCAACCACUUCAGCACCCUUGUCUAUCGGAACCUGCAGAUCGCCAAGAAUUCCUACAAUGACACCCUCCUCACCUUCGUCUGGAAACUGGUGGCCAACUUCCGAAGAGGCUUCCAGAAGGAAGACAGAAAUAGCCAGGACGAGAUGGACAUAGAGCUUCACGACGUGUCUCCCUUUACACGGCACCCCCUGCAAGCGCUCUUCAUCUGGGCUGUUCUGCAGAACAAGAAGGAACUCUCCAAAGUCAUCUGGGAGCAGACCAGGGGCUGUACUCUGGCGGCCCUGGGAGCCAGUAAGCUGCUGAAGACUCUGGCCAAGGUGAAGAAUGACAUCAACGCGGCCGGGGAGUCCGAGGAACUGGCCAACGAGUACGAGACCCGUGCAGUGGAGCUGUUCACGGAGUGUUACAGCAGUGACGAAGACUUGGCUGAGCAACUGCUGGUCUAUUCCUGCGAAGCCUGGGGUGGAAGCAACUGCUUGGAGCUGGCGGUGGAGGCGACGGACCAGCAUUUCAUCGCCCAGCCUGGGGUCCAGAAUUUUCUUUCCAAGCAAUGGUACGGGGAGAUUUCCCGAGACACCAAGAACUGGAAGAUUAUCCUGUGUCUGUUUAUUAUUCCCUUGGUUGGCUGUGGCUUUGUGUCAUUUAGGAAGAAGCCGGUGGACAAGCCCCGGAAGCUGCUGUGGUACUACGUGGCCUUCUUCACGUCCCCCUUCGUGGUCUUCUCCUGGAACGUGGUCUUCUACAUCGCCUUCCUCCUGCUCUUCGCCUACGUGCUGCUCAUGGAUUUCCACUCGGUGCCGCACCCGCCCGAGCUGGUCCUCUACGCGCUGGUCUUUGUCCUGUUCUGCGAUGAAGUCCGACAGUGGUACAUGAAUGGGGUGAAUUACUUUACUGACCUGUGGAACGUUAUGGACACACUCGGCCUUUUCUACUUCAUCGCAGGAAUUGUGUUUCGGCUCCACCCUUCUAAUAAAACCUCUCUGUAUUCCGGACGAGUAAUUUUUUGCCUGGAUUACAUUAUAUUCACUCUAAGGUUGAUCCACAUUUUUACUGUAAGCAGAAAUUUAGGACCCAAGAUCAUAAUGUUGCAGAGGAUGCUGAUCGAUGUGUUCUUCUUCCUGUUCCUCUUUGCCGUGUGGAUGGUGGCCUUCGGUGUGGCCAGGCAAGGGAUCCUCAGGCAGAACGAACAUCGCUGGAGAUGGAUAUUCCGCUCGGUCAUCUAUGAGCCCUAUCUGGCUAUGUUUGGCCAGGUGCCCAGCGACGUGGACGGUACCACGUAUGACUUCACCCACUGCACCUUCACUGGGAACGAGUCCAAGCCGCUGUGCGUGGAGCUGGACGAGCACAACCUGCCGCGCUUCCCCGAGUGGGUCACCAUCCCACUGGUGUGCAUCUACAUGCUGUCCACCAAUAUCCUGCUGGUCAACCUGCUGGUCGCCAUGUUUGGACAGUGA